AUGCAGACGUGGUCGACUGGUCAUCGCAGCACACGUGAUCGUUCAUCGAGUGUGGUGCUUUUGGGUAAAUUGUCAGCGAUUGUCCGGCGUGGCAGCGUGUUUCAGAUUGAUUCAGAGAAUGCACACAGCAGUAGUAACAACCGCAGCAGCUACGACGCUAUGGAGCCUAACCGUGACGAUGAAUUGAAAGAGAUGGCAGGUUGUACACGGCGCUGUAGUAUAGGGGCGAUACCUCCUGUGCAAUCGAAUCUGACCGCGUACGACGCACUCAGUAGUGGAAGCUGUCAGAAAGGGAACGGGCGUGCGAUGAUUCAACGGCUCCAGUUUUAUCCGGCGCAACCUCUUGGUACAGCAGCGCUCGCAAAGCCGUUGAGUCACGACGAGUUCAUGCGAAGGACGAUGCUUGAAGGACAGAUUGGGGACUUUAGCGCCUUGCACGAAAGUUUUGCACCGCCAUCGAUGGCAUUAAAUGAUCAAGAGGAGAAAGAGACGGUGACUGAAGCGGAGGAGACUUGCGGUUAUGAAUUGGAUAACAACGAACAGGAGAUUGUUGACGAGGAGGAACGCAAGGCUGGUCAAGGUUCUGAGGAGGAUAUUGCUGUCGAAGAUGCUUUACACUGCAGUUUCAAAGCAAACGACGAACACGACGACGAGGAAGAUGAUGUUUCUGUGCACAGUGAGGAGCUGGACUUUGAUUCAGCGAACAUGCGGAUGAGCGUGCGCAAGUUAAUGAACCGGAUCAAGAGCAAGAGUCGAAUAGAUGAGUCGGGCAUGCAUUAUGGAAGCGCCGCCGAGGAUGUGUCCAACCAAGAUGACUAUUUACAUGAGAUCGAGGACAAUGAUGACGCGGAAAAAGAUGUUGGCAAGAUGAAUGGCUUGGACGAGCUCGAUUUGGACGACGACAACAACAACAACGAUGACGUGAAAUCUAGUAGCAAACAGACUGAAUUGACACAAGAGAUGAGUCUCACUGAAAACCGUUCAAAACAGCCAGCUCAUCGCCUGAGCUCUGGCGCUGAAGAAGCGUUGUUGUCAGCUCACGACCAACUUACUUCAAGUGUGCGACGGUUGGUGAUUGAGCUUAGAGACGACUCGGACUCGAAUCAGAUGCGCAAACCAUUGGCCAACUCUCACGGAAUCCGUCGUAAAUCCAUGCUUAACCCGCUGCGUAGAAGAGCUGGAUCAUGUUCGUCUACGUAUGAUCUCAGUAUCCCGUCCCCUAACGAUGAAGGGUCUUCAAUGCCUACAUCGCUAGGUAUUACCCCUUCGCUCACAUCUGAAGACACUCAUCCUAGCAAGAAGCACAAGAAGAGCGCCUUUUCGAGACUUGGUCCACGCAUGCUGGAGACGCUGCAUUUGCGCAAGAAGCGCAAGACGUAUUUGUACACAGAUGAAGAGCUAGAGACAGUCGAAGGUGCUCGGUGGAAAAUUGUAGAGCUGGCUUUCCGCUUCGGCGGCAAGCACCGCUCAUAUCUGGUCCAGGCUAUUAAUAUGUUUUUUCCGAUGCUGAAGUAUGGCCGACGCGGUGGUGCCCAUGCUACUAGACUCCAUUGCAAUUGCUGCGGAACUCUACAAUGGCAACACAAGCGCGGAGGACUCAGCGAAGCGGUCGACCUGGCAGAAGUACUGCAAGUGCAUGAUGGACGGCAAACUGCUGUGUUUCGCAAGUACCCAUCCACUACAAUGCUCGAGGCGUGCUCUUUCUCGGUUGUAUUCCAAAACCGCACGUUAGAUCUAGAGACUCAGAGCUCAAGUCACCGCGACUGGUUGGUCAGCGCUAUUCGGACGCUUGUAGCCUACGCACGCCGUCAACGUUGUAUUGAGCAUCAGGCUAUUGCUGAACGUGCAAUCCUGCCAUUGGAAGAUUGUCUGUUACUACCUCCAGUCCCGCUUGUGCAAAGUCCGUCACCGUCGGCAUCAUCUCAAGCAAACCGACAGCUUGACAACGCUUUUAUUAUUGCAGCAUCAACCUCCAGCUACAAGCUCCGAUCAAUGUACUAA